CCUCUUCUUCACAGGGACAUAGAAAGGAUGAGACAGAAAGAAACCAACAAAACCAAACCCCAAACCCAAGAAAAGGAGAAACAAGACUCUCUCUCUCUUAAGAGACUUCAUUGUCUCUCUCAGUCUUUUAACGCAAAACGACUUUUUGUGGAGGAGAGAAAGCGAGGUAACACACACAAGAUGCACAUCUUCAAUACUUAAAGAGUUUUCUAUAUACAGAACAAGUGUGUAAAAAAGAAACAGAUACAAAAAGUUUAUAUCUCCGCUCUCUCUUUCUCUGUCUGUGGGUGGCUCUUCUUUUACCUUUGGGUUUAGUGGUGGGGGUUCACUCUAUAAAACAUUUUGCAACAUAAAAAUAAAAAUAAAUAAGAGCAGUCAGGUUUUAUAUAUAAUAGCAAAAGAAAUGCAACAGCACCUGAUGCAGAUGCAGCCCAUGAUGGCUGGUUACUACCCCAGCAAUGUCACCUCUGAUCAUAUCCAGCAGUACUUGGACGAGAACAAAUCGUUGAUUCUGAAGAUAGUUGAAUCUCAAAACUCUGGAAAGCUCAGCGAAUGUGCCGAGAACCAGGCAAGGCUUCAACGCAACCUAAUGUACUUAGCUGCUAUUGCAGAUUCUCAGCCUCAACCUCCAAGCGUGCUUAGCCAGCAGUAUGGAUCUGCUGGUGGUGGGGUUAUUCAGGCAGAAGGAGGUUCACACUAUUUGCAGCAGCAGCAACAGGCAACUCAGAUGUCUCAGCAGUCUCUAAUGGCGGCUCGAUCUUCCAUGCUGUAUGCUCAGCAGCAACAGCCUUAUGCAUCUCUUCAGCAUCAGCAGUUGCACCAUAGCCAGUUAGGGAUGAGCUCAAGCACCGGAGGAGGAAGCAGCGGUUUUCAUAUCCUUCAGGGAGAGGCUGGUGGUGGGUUUAAUGAAUUUGGCCGUGGGAAGCCGGAAAUGGAAAGUGGUGAAGGCAGAGGAGGAAGCUCAGGGGAUGGUGGAGAAACCUUUUACUUGAAAUCAUCAGAUGAUGUGAACUGAAAGAUUGUGAAGUUAGUGUGUGUUUUGGCUAAGUUGCUUGUUGAAGAACCAAAUAACUCUUAUCUACUGUGGUUUUUAAUUUUCUCAAUGUUUGUGCCCUAAAAAGUGAACUUUUCGUGGUAGUGUACCGUGUAACGUUGUGUCGUGACCUAGUAGUAUGUUUUUCUUAAAAAAAAACUAAGGGUUAUUGGUUGUUGUAUUUUAAUGGAUUUGAAAAUCCGAACUAAAUCUAGUGUUAUUGGUUAUGUGA